AUGGGUUUUCCGUUGGUGGCCGGACGUUCUAAGAAAAAGCAAAAGAAAGAAGCAGGAUCUCCUCCGAAAAAGAAAGAGCAACCGAAAAUUGUAGAGAGUGAUUCUGAUGAGGUGAGUGAGAGUGAAGCUGAAGAAGAGCAUGAGAUUUAUGAUGAUGAAGUGGAGGAGGAGGAGGAGGAUGAAUUACAACAAGGUAGCGAAGGAGAAUCGGAUUCCGGUGUUUCCUCAGGGGAGGAUGAUGACGAUGACCCAUUAGGUGAAGGCGACUUUCUGGGAGGAAGUUCAGAAUUAGAAGAGGAUUCAGCUGAAGAUUCUGAUCAGGAUGAAGUGGGUGAUAUUGAGAAGCUGUCGAAAAAUAUUGAUGAUGAGGAGAACAGGGUAAUUCGUGAAGCGGGUGAGGAACAUAAGCGCAACGUUAUACAGAAAGAUGACGAGUUCAGACUGCCAACCCAGGAGGAACUUGAAGAAGAAGCUCGCGGGCCACCUGAUCUUGAGAAUCUCCGGAUGAGAAUAAAUUCAAUUGUUGGGGUGCUCUCCAAUUUCAGCGAGUUGAGGCAGGGAGGAUUGUCACGCAAAGAAUAUGUAGAUCAGCUUAAGAUGGAUUUAGGUUCAUAUUAUGGAUAUAAUGAGUUUCUUAUUGAAACUUUGAUGGAGAUGUUUCCUGUUGCUGAGCUCAUGGAACUUAUUGAAGCUUUUGAAAAGCCUCGGCCUAUAUGUUUACGUGCAAACACCUUGAAAACUCGGAGGAGGGAUUUGGCUGCGGUUUUGUUGAACAGGGGUGUCAACUUAGAUCCAGUGGGCAAAUGGUCAAAAGUUGGCUUGGUUGUCUACACUUCACAAGUUCCAAUCGGUGCCACUCCAGAAUAUAUGGCUGGUCACUACAUGUUACAAGGCUCAAGUUCUUUCUUGCCUGUAAUGGCCCUUGCUCCUCAGGAAAACGAAAGAGUUGUGGAUAUGGCGGCUGCUCCUGGUGGUAAAACAACUUAUCUUGCAGCACUAAUGAAAAAUAGUGGGAUCAUUUAUGCAAACGAGAUGAAUACAUCAAGACUGAAGUCUCUUAAUGGAAACUUACAUCGGAUGGGUGUAACUAAUACUAUUGUUUGCAACUACGAUGGAAGAGAGCUGCCCAAGGUUCUCGGUCAAAACACAGUUGAUAGAGUUUUGUUGGAUGCACCCUGCAGCGGAACCGGGGUUAUAUCCAAAGACGAGAGUGUCAAAACCUCGAAAACUGCACUUGACAUACAAAAUUGUGCCCAUCUACAAAAGCAACUGAUACUGGCAGCAAUUGACAUGGUUGAUGCAAACUCAAAAUCAGGAGGAUAUAUUGUUUAUUCCACAUGUUCAAUUAUGGUUGCUGAGAAUGAAGCAGUGAUAGACUAUGCCCUGAAGAAGAGGAAUGUUAAACUUGUAAACUGUGGACUCGAAUUUGGCCGUCCAGGGUUUAUUCGUUUCAGGGAACAUCGAUUUGACCUGUCUCUAAAUAAAACAAGACGAUUUUAUCCACAUGCAAACAACAUGGAUGGGUUUUUUGUGGCAAAGUUGAAGAAAAUGAGCAAUUCAAAACCACCUUCAACUUCCAUUGUGCCCGAAGAGGUGGUGGACCAACAUGCUGAGCCUGUGGAAAAUGGCAAUAUGGACAAGGAGGAAGAAGAUACCCAACAGCCCGCCAAGGAAAUGGUUACGAAGGUUAAUGAGGAUUUGCCCAAAAAAUUUAUUAGAGUUGGCAAAGUGAACCCAACAGGCACUAAAAAGAGGAAGCGGAUAGAUGGCCCUCCAAAAGAGGAAACUCCUGAAGCUAGGAGAGAGCGGAGACUAGCGUCUAAGGAAGCAAAGAGAAAAGCAAGUUUGGAAAAGAAGUCUACCAGAAAGAACAGGAAGGAAGAAAAGAGAAAAUCUAGGUUGCAAAGGAAGGGUAGAAGCAAGCAAGUAAAGUAG